GCUCAGCGCUACGAAGCUCGCUUCUCCUCCCUGGAGCCUUCGGUGCAGCAGUUGAAGGAGGAGCUCGAGCAGAUGCGGGAGCAGUUGAACCGCAAUGGGACCGAGUGCUCUCGACGCUGCGAGGAGGCAGAGGAGAUGUGCAACAAGCGCCUCCAUGGAGUGCAGGAAGCUGCGCUCAGCGCGGCACGCGAGCUCUGGGAAGAGCACCAGGGAGUGGUGGCCGAAUGCAAAGCAUCCCUUGGGGCUCUGCAGCAGAUCUUGGACUCCAAGGACAAAAUCGCUGCCCAGCUACGCUCCCUGCAGCAACAGCAGCGCGAGGAGGAUAAGCACGAGUUCUGGACGCAGUUCCAGAUGCGCCACGAGCACCUCCAGGCGAAGUUGGGCGAUGCCGAACGGGCCUUGGUCGCUGAGCAGAACGCCCGCAUCGAGGAGCAACAGCGUUCCGAGGGCGUCAUCUCUCGCUUGGGCCUGGCACUUGAGAAGGCUCAGGCCGCGUGGAUCAAGGAGUCUGCGAAGCUUUCGGACCAGAUCCACGAAGCGAAGAGGGACUUCAGCAUCGACUUGGAUGGGGAGACCAAGGGCGUGGCGAGACGCUUAUCAGAUGGCCUUGAGGCGGCGCAGAGGCAGAUUGACGACCUCGAUCGCAAGAUUCUGGCGGCCCAGACGAACCUCAGCGCCGUCUCCGAGCGCCUGGAGUCCGCGGCCCGUGCGCAGAACACGGAGCUGAGAGACUCCGAGGGCCGGGUCAUGCGGCAGGUGAGCGAUGUGCAGACUAUCCAGACAGGCAAGACAGCGCAGGCCGUUUUCGACAUGAAGGCGGAGCUGGCGAAACUGGACCAG